AUGCAAUUUGGUCCAUAUUUUAUUGAUGGCUACGCUGAAGCGAUUUAUCCUGAAGCUGCUGAUGAGCGAAACUGGAUAAAAGUGACACCCUUUAAAAGCGUUAAAAAACGUUAUCUUUUCGAGUAUAGAGGCUGCUCUUUCCACCCGUGUACGCAGUGUAAUCGACGACCAUUUAGAGCGGCGAAAAAAGUCAUCAAUGGGCCCGACGGCCACCCGAUUCAAGUUGACUUUACUCGCGACGAGUUGCUUGCCAAGGAAGACGCUCGCAUACACGCCAUCGUUGACGAUAUAAGACAACGCGACGGUCUCGAGGAUUGGGGCGCUCCGCCAGUUUUAUUAAACGAGCUUGGAAUAGCUGUCAUGUGUGAAGGUCCUCAAAACUUUCCGCAUACGCUCGUCAUUAAGAUGGCUUGCCGCUGGAUAAAAGAGUGGCGCAGUUUGGAACUUGACGACGACGAAAGCGCUGCUCCGUAUUCCAAAACGUAUCCGUUUCUCUUUAAAGGCGCAAAAACCCGUUCUGGAAUAAAGGCCGGCAAAGAAGGCGUUACUCACGACGAUUUUAAAAGAGCGUUACUCGAUGAAGAUGAAAAUGGGAAUAGUAAAUUCUUUGGAUUUGCCAUGGUGGAUCUGUGGUCGCCCCCAGAAGUUGUCGAAAAGUAUAUUCAUACGCCACCAAUAUUUGCACGAAAGGAAUUAACUUUGGAACAUUUGCAAGGUGACUUGGCAAGAACGCUUUCUGAAAAACAAAAACAAAGAAUGUUUCCCUGCGAGGAGAAUGUCUUUUGCUUCAACGUGGAAGACUAUUUUAUUUCGUCAGAGUUGUUGGUCUAUUAUUUAAAAAUGGGACUCAAAUUUCGCGUCAAAUACUUUGUUUCAUACUACAGGGAUAAACCGUUUAAAGAUUUUGUAAAUACGUUGGUGGCGGAUCGAGUGAAGGCUGCCCAAGCAAAUGAUACAUCGAUGGCAAACUGGAUUAAAUUUGUUCUUAAUUCGGCUGUUGGAUACUUUGCAAUCAACCGAGCAAAAUUCAUGAAUACAAAAAUUCUUUCAUCUGGCGAUUUGUAUACAGCACUGCGAAAUCCGCGCUUAAAAGCGCUCAACACGCUGCGCAAUGAGGGUCAUAAUUGCGAUCCGCUGCACGAGGCUCUCUUUAAGAAAAACGUGUCACCCACAUAA